CCCUACUCCAGUACCCCAAGGCUCACUUCACUCAUCAUCACCACCUUUCCUCCUCUCUCUCUCUCUCUCCCUCACUCACCCUCUCGCUCUCUUCCCCAUUCCCCGUAGCUUCGUCUCCCUCAGUCCCUCUUCCUCGCGGAGGCUCGAUCCAGCCACGCUCCUCUGCCCCGGCCCGCCGGAUCGAUCGAUGAAGCCCGUCCUCGCCGCCGGGAGGAACAAGGACGGGGGCGGGCCGGCAUUGCUCGGCCUCGGCGGCCUCUCCUGCUUCGACGUCAAGUCCUUCGUCGCCUCCCUCGCGCUCCUCACCCUCCUCAUGGCGCUCUGGCAGCUCCACCCCUACCAGCCCCUCGUCCUCCUCCCCGCCGCCCGCUCCUCCUCCUCCUCUUCCUCGUCCUGCCCUCUCCUCCCCCGCUUACCCACCGCCGCUGUUGCCGUCUCUACCGCCGCCGCCGCCAACUCCACUGCUAGCUCCGACACGGGCGCACCGACCGCCGCCACGGUGACGACGAGGCCGGCCUUGUUGCCUGCGCCGCGGCCGCGGGACCCCAACAAGCGGGAGCUCCGGCCGUACGGCAGUGCGGCGGCGCUCUUCGUCCAGAUGGGCGCCUACCGCGGCGGCCCGCGCACGUUCGCCAUCGUCGGCCUGGCCUCCAAACCGGCGCACGUCUUCAGCAACCCCUACUUCAAGUGCGAGUGGCUGCCCAACCCGGGCGAGAGCGGCGCGCCGCCGCCGCGGCCGGUUCGGACCAAGGCCUACAAGAUGCUGCCCGACUGGGGCUACGGCCGCGUCUACACCGUCGUCGUCGUCAACUGCACCUUCCCCUCCAACCCCAACGCCGACAACCGCGGCGGAAGGCUCCUCGUCCACGCCUACUACUCCACCGCCUCCCGCCGGUACGAGCGCUUCGUCGCGCUCGAGGAGGCGCCGGGUUCCUACGACGAGUCCCGGUUCCGGCCGCCCUUUCCCUACGACUACCUCUACUGCGGCUCCUCCCUCUACGGCAACCUCAGCGCCGCCCGCAUGCGGGAGUGGCUCGCCUACCACGCGCGCUUCUUCGGCGCCAGGUCCCACUUCGUCCUCCACGACGCCGGCGGCGUCACCCCGGAGGUCAGGGCGGUGCUGGAUCCGUGGGUCAGGGCCGGCCGCGUCACCGUCCAGGACAUCCGGGCGCAGGAGGAGUACGACGGUUACUACUACAACCAGUUCCUCGUCGUCAACGACUGCCUCCACCGCUACCGCCACGCCGCGAACUGGACCUUCUUCUUCGACGUCGACGAGUACAUCUACCUCCCCGAUGGCCGCACGCUGGAGCAGGUGCUCGGCCCGCUCGAGCGGUACACGCAGUUCACCAUCGAGCAGAACCCCAUGUCCAGCAAGCUCUGCGUGGACGAUCCAACCGAGGACUACUCGAGGGAAUGGGGUUUCGAAAAACUUGUCUUCCGCAAUUCAAUUACUGGAGUAAGGCGAGACCGCAAAUAUGCAAUCCAAGCACGGAACGCAUACUCCACUGGUGUGCACAUGUCACAAAAUGUAUAUGGGCGGACAACUCAUAAGACAGAAACCUUGAUCAGAUACUACCACUAUCAUAAUUCUAUCAAUGUCAUGGGGGAGCCUUGCCGGAAAUUCGUGCCAAAACCUGUCAAUGGCAGUAAGGUAAUGUUCGAGGGGAUAGCGUAUGUCUAUGAUGAUAAGAUGAAGCGUUUGGCCGGGGAGAUCAGACGCUUUGAGAAGCAGACAAUUGGGGAUAUCCAUACAUAGCAUCUGGAUGUAACACUUUGCUGGUAAAUAUAUGAUUCUGUUCUUCAGGACACCUGCUGUCCUCCUAGUGUCCACCUGUAGCCACCUGUUUUGAGCUCCAACUCGCAACUCCGAGAAUCAGAGGGAAGGGAUCCAACUCCAGUGUCCAAGCAGAGCUGUAAAGUUCUGGUCCUGUUCAGCAUUCUCCUCCCUGUGGAGGCAACAGCAUUUGUGCCGCGAUUUCCUUUCCUUUCUUUCCCUUUUUUUCUUUUCCUUCUCCCUAGCAUUCCAUAUCACUUUAUAGAUUUAUGCUUAGACUGACUGUGUACCUUUGUCAGAUUCUUGUCAUCUCCUAUAGGGGGCAUUGUAAAGCUGUCUCAUUGUCUAACUUAAUGGAAGAUUGGAUAUCUAUGAAACAAUUGUCCAAACUGCAUUAAAAAGGGGGAUAGAAGCAUUUUGAUUACUGUUUUUUUGACAGUGGAGGUCAGGCGAUGCGCGAUGUAUCUUGUGUACCAUGUUGUGAGAAGAGUUCAAAACUGAGACGUCUGGUGAUGAAUCUGAGAAGGGGAGCAGCAUGUUAUGUGUUAGGCACGGGGUUGCCUUCACAUACUUCAGUGCACCAUUAUGGCAGCGAGAGGAUGAAGGGGAUGAUGAUGCGCCGAUGGUGAGGGUGGAGCAGAAGGUGAGGAUGAUGACGCCGGUUUUAAGGCGUGCGACAUGGACGGGGUAGCUGCUCCGCAGAAGCGCAGGUGACCGUCCAGAUGCAACGCGAAGAUGGACGAUGCCUAACCCUGGCAGUGGGGCCGGCAGCCACUUUCCUCUCCCCUGCAACACAUGAGACAUUGAGGGUGGCCUCCUUCCUCCCCUCAAGCUGCGAUCUUGUCUCACUACGGAUGAGAAGAGAAGAAAAGAGGAACUAGUUGGAGACACAGACAGUGACGAGAAAGAGAAGCACAAACAUACGGAGAGCAAGAAAACAAAUUAAUCGACAAAUUCUCACUACUCCCAAGGCCUCCCACCACUCUGCUCCCUGAAUUAUUUUUUUUUUGUUUGUACCCGUAUUGAUAUAUUUCUCUUUAUAUGCUCUACUAAAUAGUAAAAAA